AGUAGCAAGUCAGCUGCUGACGGUUCAAACCAGUUGUCACACACGCGAGAAGGUGAGCGACACAAAUCUGAGCGAUCAAAGAGCAUUCAACUGAUGGUUCAUGAAAAUGGAUGGGCUAUCAUUUUACCAAAAACAAUUCCUGCAAGCUGUGUAUCCAAACCAGAUAACAUCUGAGACUGACCUUCCUUGCCUUGAUGGAACUGAAAAGCUGAGAAAUGCCAAGACUCCGGAGGACAUUAAAACAGACGGAACGGUCCUUGGGGAACUCAUCCUAGAGGAAGAAUUCACCCUGAGCCCCAAAUUAUGGGCGUCUCGUGACUGGAGAGCCUUUAAGAAAGUGUUGUUAGAGAAGCAGAAUGGCAUAGAGGCUAGAAAGAGGGUGGAUGUAUUUGAUAUUCAGCUUGGAGAUUCUGGGGAGUGCAAAGCAAUGGUGGUGGGGUACAGAGAAGCAGUUCUCCAAGUAAGGAGGGAGAUUUCUGAGUUUCUGGAAAGUCAGGUUCCCACGAAGGAGCUGGUGCCCUUCGGGGUAGCUAAAGACCGUCUGCUGCGGCUUUUCAAUGAAAAGCUGAAUCUGGAAGUGGUCGGUUUGAAAUACAAACGGCAGAAGUUAGGAAUCGAAAUCAGUGGGACCAAAAAUAAUGUGGCUAGGGCUUUAGAAGUGAUCGAUAGGGUUACCAAGAGAGUCUCCCAAACAAACCAUUCCAGAAAUGUGCCGAUUCAGAUCUACAGAUGCUUCCAAACCUUUGAGGGAAUGAACAUCUUUAUCUGCUUGGGUGACGAUAUUGAGAGUCUUCAGUCCGAAUCAAUUAUUCAAGAAGGUGCUAGACUGGGUGACCUACAACUGGAGGUGCUUGAUGAAAGGCCAGAGGUCACGCUGGCCGCCCAUAAGAGAUUGACUGGGCAAGGGAAGCUACAAAGUGUCAUCACCCUCCAUUGGGGUAAUAGUAGCACUAUUUGUGAAAGUGAUAGUGCCGCCCUGCUGGAGAGUUCUAUAACUCUCGCUCUAGAGUACCUGGAGUCCCAUGGCCUGCAGUCAGUCGCUAUGUGUUGCCCGCUCGCUAGGGGGCAGUGUGUGCCUGGCGAACCUGAAGUUUUGGUGUCUGCUCUGGAGAUGUUUUGUAGAAAGCGUUCCUUCUAUAUUUCACAUCCUCUCUCAGUGUUCCUGGUCUGCCACAAGGAAUCGGCCUGCAAGCUGGAGAGAAGCCUGGGGCUCCGGUGGCCACUACCCCCCCAGAGUGGUUUGGAUGUUAGAGAGAGGAUCUUGACAAAGCUGGUGUGUGGGGAUUUAGAGGAAAAUAAGUCCGCAGUGCUGGUCCUUGCUGUCACAGUUUCAGAAGAGACGCACAAUAUCCAGUGCUCCCAGUUCAUUCCACACACUCCCAGUAAGGCACUAGAGGCGGUACUGGAGCUGCAGUCGGUGGACCUGUCCCUCAGGAGCACACUGCGAAGAGGGGAGGCUGUCCUCGUUCCAUGCUUGGUGGAGGGGCUUCUCCCUUGUCAGUAUUUAUACCUUGUGGACAUCGAAGAGGAUUUGAAAGACCCAGCCGAGGUGCUGAGGAGCCUGGUUGAUCAGUGUCUCCGGCUGUGUCAGGGUUCUCUCCUCUCCUCCGUGGUUUUCCCUGUGUUGGACCUCCUCAGAUUUGGGGUGGGGGUGUCACAGACAGUGGGGUGGCUGGAAGAGGGGGUGAGGAGGUUUGAGAGAGAGCACCCAUCGCCCAGGUUGGAGUCUGUGAGCCUGCUCCUGAACUUGGACCCGAUGGAUCUACACACAGUGGUGAACGAUAUUGAAGGACCCUCAGAAAUCUUUGGGACGUGUUUCACAGAUGACCCUUAUUUUAUUCAAUACCUUAAAGAUGCUGGGGAGGGUUUGAAAGAAAUGACCAGCAAACUCCUGGUUGCAGGUUUGAAGAUCAGGCUAUCUCGGCAUACUCAUGGACCAUGCUUUCUGGUAACUCCUAAUCCAUCUAGCCACCACACAUCGGAGCAGUGGAUAAGGUCACUUGGAGAUACCUACAACACUGAGAGGCGAAGGUACUCUGUGAGAUAUGAUCAACUCUCCAACUGGAUCAGCAAGCCCAGUUGUGCUCCCACGCUGAAGGAAGUAGGUUCCAUAGCUGUGUAUGGUGAAGGGGAGGUCGUGGUUGGUUUAAAUGAAGAAGUUGAGGAGUUGUACCAAGCUAUGGGUUUCUACCAAGAGGCAGUAAAGGAAUGCUGCAGUAAAUUAUGGAGUCCCAACACAGCUCUGAUGGUCUUUGGAGCUCUGCAGGAACAGCUGGCUAGUCAGUUCCCUGAGGUUCUAGCUUCACCUUCUGUUGAUCCCAUGAUGAGCCACUCUUGGUUCAUCUUUGAAGGCCCACGUGAAGAUGUCACCUUAGCCAUGGAGUUUUUCCACCAGGAAACCUCUGAUUCGCUGAUCUCCGUCACAAUUGACGAGAAGCUUUUAGGGUACCAGUCUGUCUUUUUAGGUGAGUUGGAUCUGGAAGCUUUGACAAUAGAGCUUUUCCAGUCCAGAGGGAUCAGUGCUACUUUGCAACAUCGUGAAGCUUCUGUGGUUAUGUAUGCGCAGCCUCUUGAGGAGACUGGAAGAGCUAUCAAUGUGCUGAAAGAGAUUUUACAAGAAACUGGUAUUAGGAUCAACCAGGCAAACCUGGCAGCCACUAAAGACGAGAAUUGGGAGGACUUUUUGGACGAGGUCUAUAGCAGGCUUAAUAACGGUGGGCAGAAGAAGUUGAACUUCUAUAACUUGCUGAAUGAUAAUGGAGACACUGACCUAGUGGUCUUGGUAGGCUUCAGAACAGAAGUCCAAGCUGCCCAACGCUUGAUCAGUCACUAUCUGCACAACAAAAGUCAAACCAGGAGGACAUUGACCUUUCGUCAGGAGCAUUUAGUCCAGGCAGGAAGUCAGCUUCUAGAAAUUAUGGAAUGGGAGACUUCCAUAAAUGUUAAGGUGGAGGUGAGGGUUGCAGGGGGAUCCUGGCUGGAGGUGACGCUGUGUGGAAGCCGAGAGCAGGUGAAAUGGGCCCAGCCUUUCAUUAAGAAGGACCUGGAGGCUCUGAUUCAAAAGACAGUGAGGAUAACAGAGCCUGGGGCUGUCAGGUUCUUCCAGGAGGAGACGGGCACGCAGCUCCUCAAGGAGACUGGAAUGAGAGAGCAGUGUCUGAUUCUACUGAGGGAGGAGACAGCAGAGGGCUUUACCACCACACAG